AUGCCCCGAGCCGCCUCCGACACGGACGCCCAGCACCGCCGCGCCAAACUCCGUCCGCCGUGGCCCGCGCCCGCGUCCACGUGCGCCGCCCACACGCGCCCCGAGUCCCUGCGCGCCCGCGACGAGCAGGAGGUGCUCGACGUGCUGCGCGCGCAGUUCCGCCACGAGCAGCGCGUGACGUCGGACGACGUGCGGUUCGUCGUGCGCGCGGUCGCCAGUCACGAGGGCGCCGCCGACCUGCCGCCCGACUUUCCCUCCACGCGCUGGAUCCUCGCGUUCAAGCGGGCGCACGGCUUUGCGCCGCCUGCCACGAGCGCCGCGUCCCGCGGGCCCGAGCGCCGUCUCAACGCGGACAGCCGCAGCAGUCGCCACGUCGGCCGCAGCAGCAGCUGCAGCAGUGACGACGACGACGACCACCGCGACGCGACCAGCGGCGGCCCGUGCGCGAGUCGCUUCGCACUGGUGCACGCGCCCCACGAGGACGCGCGAGGCGGCGGCAGACGCGGCCCACUGGACGUCCGCGACGCGCCGCUGCUGCAGCGCACGCGCCGACAGCAACACGAGCGGCGGUCGCUCGUCGUGCACGGCCGGCGCGUCGGCGCUGCGUGGCCGCCGUGCGACCAGACGACGUGGGACCGCGAAGACGUGGGCUCGAACGCCAGCAGCGGGAGCGGCGACAGCGAGAACGGCGCGACGACAGGCGACAGCAGCAGCAGCAGCAGUAGCAGUGCUGGUGGCGUCGCCUCGUCUGUGGCCGUGGACAGAGACGGCACCGCCAGCUGCAGAGAGGUCGGCGGGGGACACCACCGGGACGCUGUCGCUGUCGCGGCCGCUGCCGUUGCUGCUGCUACGAUCCCGAGCGGCGGCUGCAGCAGCAGCACGAGCGGCAGCAGCGGCAACAGCAGCAGCAGCAGCAGCAGCACGAGACAUGGGUACAAACUGAGCCACACGGUGCCGUCCGAGACGUGGGAAAAGGCCAUUGUGGCCGUCGAGCAGCAGGGAAUGAGUCUGCGCGCGGCGGCCAAAGUCUACGGCGUGCACUUUGCCGCGCUCCACCGCCGCGUGAAGAAGCGGGCGCAGGAAGGCCAGUCGUCCAAGGCCACGACCGGGUACUUCCACCAGCGAGACGAGACCGGCAUCAUGCGCGUCGUCGUGGCCCGCGCCGAGCUGGGCGUGCUCAUGACGUUCGACGAGCUCAUGAACCUCGUGGAGGCCGCGGCGCUGCGGAAGCUGCCCGACAUCUCGGUCAAGCACGCGCGCCACUUGAUGGUGCGCUUCCAGUCCCGCAACGAGCAGGCGAUCCGACACCUGAUCGUGGACUGGCCCCCGCCCGUGGCGGCCGUGUCGGUGGGCGUGGUCGGGAGCCACUACCACUUGGAGCACCCCGGCUUUGUCUACGGGUCCGACUCGGAGGCGUCGUACUCCGCGAGUAUGCAGCGCGCGUUCGCCACUUGUACGGCGAGUGGCGCCGUGACGGCCGCCGUGACGACUGCACCGCUUUCGCCGUUUCUGCCGCCGCCACCGCCGUCGUCGUCGUCGCUGCCGGUUAUUGGCAACAGCUGCGGUCGACCCAUGCUGCCGAGUCUGACGGUCGACCUGAACUUCCUGCGGCCGCCGAUCGCACAGCCGCAACAACUGCAGCUACAGCCGUCACAGCAGCAGCAUGCCGUCUUAAUGCGUGCAAUCGCGCUACUCCGUGUGCUCAGCAGUCUCCGCGUCUCCACCCACUCGUGUCUCCACCCGUGA